UAAUUUAAGGUGGACUUGCUCUGAGAGAAAACACUCUUUUUCACGGUUUUAUGGAAGUUAGUGGGUUAAAAACAUUUAGAAACACACAGUAUUGUGAUCAAACUAUGCUCAGGGAAUGAUGAACAUAAAUGUAAAGAGGUGUGAAUAUAAAUAACUUAUUAAUGGAUAGGAUAAGCAGGGAUGGAAUUUUUUUUCCUUCAAGGGUUACAGUUGUAGGCUAGUUUAUCAAUUAAUAUUCUUUUUAUUCUGUAUUUAGUAGAACAAAUUAAAACUCAGCGUUCACAAGGUACUUUGUGUGUGUAGCUGCUUGUGUGAGGUAUCUCUCCCCGGGAUGACCUGCAGGUUUUCCAGAGUUGCAGCUGGACAAUGCGAGGUCCCAGGCCGGGCUGGGCGUGGGCACGGGCAGGGGCUGCAGCAGAGGGACCAGCAGCAAUAACCGGGCUGGCUGCCGUUCAAGUCACCCAAGAAAUUUCUUUUUCAAACAAAUGGCUUGAGAAUCCUGCUGUAUCGCUGCUCUCCGAGCCUGGUGGCCUAAUCCUCAGUGGUAUGGAAACGAGCUCGGGCUUUCUGAGGAAACGACUGUGGGGUUAAUGCUCACUGCCCCCACCGCCCCUUCCCUGCGGUUCGCAGCCGCUCAGCUGUGCCGGCAGGGCCCGGGAGGCGCAGCGGGAGCGAGCCCGUGUCGUGCCUCAGCCGGGAGCUGAGGUCACUGGGACCAUCCCAGCGCCACCGCGCCCGCGCCGCGGGAGCCCUCAGGCAGAGGCGCCGCGUCCCCGCCGCGGAAGGAACGAGGCCGCUCCCUGGGCAUCCAUCCUCGCAGCAUCAUGACUCUCCAGGCUGACUUUGAUGGUGCUGCAGAAGAUGUAAAAAAAUUAAAAACAAGACCAACUGAUGAAGAACUGAAGGAACUAUAUGGAUUCUACAAACAGGCUACCGUUGGAGAUAUUAAUAUUGAAUGUCCAGGAAUGCUAGAUUUGAAAGGCAAAGCCAAAUGGGAGGCAUGGAACCUGAAAAAAGGUUUAUCAAAGGAGGAUGCCAUGAAUGCCUAUAUCUCUAAAGCAAAAGCAAUGGUAGAAAAAUACGGGAUCUAGAAUAUUCAAAGUAAUUCCCACUAAUAAUUAACUCUUCAGUAGCUAAUGAACUAACUCUGUUGAGAACACUGCAAUACUAACUCCUUACUGUGUAGUCUGACUAAUAUCUUUUAAGCAUAAGCUGACUGUAAUGGGUAUUUAUAUACAUACUCUAUUUUUAGAUUGUAUCUUAUUCUAAAUAAAUUUGAACCUAAUAAAUUAA